AUGGCACCCAUCAGGUUGGGCGUGAUUGGACUUUCCGCUGAAGGUUCCUGGGCCGCUGGUUCUCAUUUGCCCUAUCUGCUGCAAUCCUCGCACUACCGCAUCACGGCUCUUCAGAACAGCAGCAGAGCUUCUGCCGAGAAGGCCGUCCAGAAGUACAGUCUUCCUGGCAAUGUCGCCUGCUACGGCGAUGUGGAAUCUCUCGUGCGCGAUCCGAACGUCGACGUAGUUGUUGUUUCCGUCAAGACCCCGACUCACUACGGAUUGGCCAAGCCCGCGAUCGCGGCCAAAAAAGACGUCUUCGUGGAGUGGCCUCUUGGUGCAAACCUGAGAGAAGCAGAGGAGCUCACGUCUCUCGCCACGUCGCAGCAUGUGAAGACCAUGAUCGGGCUCCAAGCACGUCAGAAUCCGAGCAUCCGCAAGGCCAAGGAAAUGGUUGCUUCAGGAAAACUGGGCGGUAUCUUAGGGACGACGAUGAUUGGGUCUGGUAAGAUAAUGGGUCGAGUAAUGCCAGCACCUCUCGAAUACGAAUUGUCCAUCGAGGCCGGCGCCAAUCUUGUCACCAUCCCUGCUAUGCAUGCAAUCGAUGCGCUUUGCUUCGUGCUGGGGGAGUUCAAAGACUUGCAAGCCACUCUGGCCAAUCACCGACCAAAGAUGCCCAUAGUCGAUCCGACUACCGGCAAAGUGCAAAAAAUCGUCGACAAGACCUGCCACGAUUAUAUGAGUGUGACAGGGACGUUGGCGCGGGGAGGUGUGGCGUCUGUUGUGUACCAGGGCGGUCAUUCUCUGACAGGCAAUGACUUCUACUGGGAAAUCAAUGGAACCCAAGGCAGCCUGAUUCUAGAAGGACCCAGUGGACUUGUCGAGAUGUUUCACCCAACCAUCAAGUUCGUGAAGGCAGAGGAAGAGGCAUCGUUCAAAUCAUUUGACGAUGGAAAAGGCCCGCAACCGGAGGAGGUCAAGGUGGAAGUCGCCUCCGACUUCGCGUACAACGUCGGCCAGGCUUGGGACGCAUUCGCUGGUGCCGGGUCUGGGACCGUCACUACAUUUGAAGAUGCCUUGGUCAGGCACAAAAUGAUCGACGCGAUUUAUAGAAGCAGUGAGAAGGGGACCCGGGAGACGUACAUCUAA